AUGAAUUUUAGUGGUCAUGCAAUAAAAAAAAUAGCGGAUAAAGCUAAUAUUCAAACUAGCAAUAUUAUUAUUGUUCAUGAUGACCUAGACAAUUUACCAGGAAGAUGUAAGAUCAAAUAAGGAGGAAGUGCAGAAGGGCAUAAUGGGUUGAAAUCCAUUAUCUAAUAUAUGGAUGAUAAAUUCAUUAGAUUAAAAAUUGGAAUAGGAAGACCUAAUUCAAAAGACCCUGCAAUUGUUAGUGAUUAUGUGAUGAGCAAAUUAGAUUAUGAACCAUCAUAACAAGCAUUCAAAUAAGGAAUCAUGCUUGUAAGACAACUCUUUAAAUUUUGA